UGCUCGGUCUGCUUCUCAUCAGCGUGACGUCACGCUAGUGCGCGCGAGCUGUCCGCGCGGCGCUGGUGCUGAGGCAAGAUGGCAGUGCGCUAAACGCCCGAUAAACUGAGAGGAAAAGUGCUUCACAUCAACAUUUUCUGUUAGUUAGUCUGUUUAUGUAUGCGAUUGUUUUUAGAAAAAAGCUGUAGUCAUGGCUGUGUGUUGAGGGAAAGCGGCUGAAUCAAAUCACAGCACGUAAACGGACUGUCCCGUUCCGGCGGAGGUCGACGCGACGCGGCGCGAUGUCUCUGCUGUGCGUCGGGGUGAAGAAGGCGAAGUAUGAUGGACCCCAGGAGAAAUUCAACACGUAUGUGACUCUGAAGGUUCAGAAUGUGAAGAGUACGACCAUCGCCGUACGGGGCAGCCAACCCAGCUGGGAGCAGGACUUCAUGUUUGAGAUAAAUCGCCUGGAUCUGGGUCUCACUGUGGAGGUGUGGAAUAAAGGCCUGAUCUGGGACACCAUGGUCGGAUACGUGUGGAUCCCACUGCAGAAUAUCCGCCAAUCAAAUGAGGAAGGACCGGGGGAAUGGCUGACUCUGGAUUCUCAGGUCAUAAUGGCGGAUAAUGAAAUCUGUGGCACCAAAGAUCCGACUUUCCACCGUUUGCUUCUGGACACGCGCUUCGAACUGCCGCUGGACAUCCCGGAAGAAGAGGCUCGAUACUGGGCCAAGAAACUGGAGCAGCUCAACGCCAUGCGGGACCAGGAUGUGAGUUAUUCGUAUCAGGAGGUUCAGGAGCGGCCGCUGUCGGUCCCAGGAACACAGUGCUGUAACUGGUGGGGCGAACAGCAAAACAAUGAUCCAGACAGCGCAAUGGAUGACCGAGACAGUGAUUAUCGCAGCGAGACCAGUAACAGUAUACCACCCCCGUUCUACUCCACAUCUCAACCCAACGCCUCAGUCCACCAGUAUCCCAUGAGCCACCAGCACCGCAACCCCCGCGGCUCAUACUCGCGCUCCAUCAACAACUGUGACCUUGACUAUGACCAUCCCAGAGGCAUCAGUCCGACCGGGAGCUAUGCAUCCUCAGCCGAGCUCAGUCAUUGUAGUACCCAACUGAGCGAAGAGUUCGGUGAGCGAGAGCUUUACGACGAGAACGACUCGUACCACUCCUGCCACUCGUCCGUGUCCUACAGCAAGGGCUCGCCCGACUGGGACGAGACGCAGGGGGUGUACAGCGACGACUGCGCCUACAGCAAAGACGGAGGCGAAGAAGGUGCCGUAUACGAGGAAGAUGGCGAUCUGUACGCAGAGGAGGUGGACAUGUACGAGGGUGAGGAGGACUUCAACUACGAGGAUGAAGAUUUGUAUCCGCCCGACCAAGAGCUUCCGUUCACUCCUACUCCUUCCAGCACCGGCCAAACGCUGGACGUCCCAUCAAGACCGCCUUUGGAGAAACAGGCUUCGCUUCACCAACAGCAGCCGCCUCAGAUCUCCAGUCAACCAUCCAAUCAGGCGCAACCCCAACCUUUAGCCAAACCCCUAAACCAGCAAGUUCCCGCCCCCCCAAAACAACCACCACCCCAACAACAAUCCUCAGGUCCGAUCCCAUCCGUUCAGUCUUUCUUCGCCAUGGCUAAGCCAUUGACUGCCGUGUUUGGGUUGGGUGGAUCAACUCCUGCACCAACAUCUCAAUCCCAACCUCAACCCGCGACAACACAAUCCCAAACUCCAAUGCCUCAACCUCCCGCCCAACAGGUUCCUCCAACGACAAACAAAUCCCCUGAUCUGCCAAUCCCUGUGCCCAUAACCAACUCCAAACCUCCGGCGCCAGAACCGAAACCUCCAACGCCAACAGAGGAGAAACUGCCCGCAGAGCCAGAGCCACCAAUGAUGGAGGAACCUCCACUUCAAGAAGAUGACUUCCCCAUGGAAGAGUCUCCAAUAGAGGAAGUAAAGAUGGAGAGUUCCCCUCCAUCUCCCCCUUUCGAAGAGGAGGAACCAGUUCCCGAACCUGAGAGUGAACCGGUGAACGAGGAGCCGAUGGAGCCGGUGGACCCGGCCGUCAGAGCCAAAGAAAACUGGCUUCGACUCUUUGAGAAAGUCCGCCGACAGCUGCAGGAGGCACGAGGAGAGACUCAGUCUCUGUGGUUUGGUAAAGGAGGGAUGGGAGGAGCGCUGUACAGCAUUGACAGCAUGCCUGAUCUGAGGAAGAGGAAGACCGUUCCCCUGGUCAGAGAUCUGGCUAUGUCUUUAGUGCAGAACUCUCGUAAGGCUGGCAUCACGUCUGCUAUGGCCUCUAGUACACUCAACAACGAGGAGCUGAAGAGUCACGUGUAUAAGAAGACUCUCCAGGCCCUGAUCUACCCGAUCUCCUGCACAACGCCGCACAACUUCGAGGUGUGGACGGCCACGACGCCCACCUACUGCUACGAGUGUGAGGGUCUGCUGUGGGGCAUCGCUCGCCAGGGCAUGCGCUGCUCCGAGUGCGGCGUCAAAUGCCACGACAAGUGCCAGGACCUUCUCAACGCCGACUGCCUGCAGAGAGCUGCUGAGAAGAGCUCGAAACACGGCGCUGAGGAUCGAACGCAGAACAUCAUCAUGGUCCUGAAGGACCGCAUGAAGAUCCGCGAGCGCAACAAACCUGAGAUCUUCGAGCUGAUCCAAGAAGUGUUCGACAUUCCCAAGGCGAGCCACGGGACUCAGAUGAAACAAAUCAAGCAGAGCGUUCUGGACGGGACGUCCAAGUGGUCGGCCAAAAUCAGCAUCACAGUGGUGUGUGCUCAGGGUCUCCAGGCGAAGGAUAAGACGGGUUCGAGUGACCCUUACGUCACCGUACAGGUGGGGAAAACCAAGAAGAGAACCAAGACCAUCUACGGCAAUCUCAACCCCAUCUGGGACGAGAGCUUCCACUUUGAGUGCCAUAACUCUUCAGACCGGAUAAAGGUGCGCGUCUGGGAUGAGGAUGAUGAUAUCAAGUCUCGUGUAAAGCAACGGUUCAAGCGCGAGUCUGACGACUUUCUGGGACAGACGAUCAUCGAAGUGCGAACGCUCAGUGGAGAAAUGGACGUCUGGUACAACCUAGACAAGCGGACGGAUAAAUCGGCCGUAUCAGGAGCGAUCCGCAUGCACAUCAGUGUGGAGAUUAAAGGAGAGGAGACCGUGGCUCCGUACCACGUUCAGUACACCUGCCUGCAUGAGCACAUCUUCCACUACACCACGGAGAAGCAGAACAGCGGCGGCGUGAAGAUCCCCGACGCCAAAGGCGAUGACGCCUGGAAAGUGUAUUACGAAGAGACGGCGCAGGAGAUCGUGGACGAGUUCGCCAUGAGAUAUGGAGUGGAGUCGAUCUAUCAGGCCAUGACGCAUUUUGCAUGUCUGUCCUCGAAGUACAUGUGUCCCGGUGUGCCUGCGGUCAUGAGCACACUUCUGGCCAACAUUAACGCUUAUUACGCCCACACCACACAGUCCUCCAACAACGUGUCCGCCUCCGACCGCUUCGCCGCAUCCAACUUUGGGAAAGAGAGGUUUGUGAAACUGCUGGAUCAACUGCACAACUCGCUGAGGAUCGACCUCUCGAUGUACAGGAAUAAUUUUCCAGCCAGUAGUCCUGAGAGGUUACAAGAUCUGAAGUCCACUGUAGAUCUUCUGACCAGCAUCACUUUCUUCCGAAUGAAGGUCCAGGAACUGCAGAGUCCACCGAGAGCGAGUCAAGUCGUCAAAGACUGUGUCAAAGCGUGUCUCAACUCAACGUACGAGUACAUCUUUAAUAACUGCCAUGAGCUCUACAGCCGAGAAUACCAGAACGACCCAGCGAAGACGGUUCCUCCUGAUGAACAGGGGCCAAGUGUAAAGAACCUGGACUUCUGGUCCAAACUCAUCACCCUCAUCGUCUCCAUUAUAGAGGAGGACAAGAACUCCUACACACCCUGUUUAAACCAGUUCCCUCAGGAGCUGAACGUGGGAAAGAUCAGUGCCGAGGUGAUGUGGAACAUGUUUGCUCAGGAUAUGAAGUAUGCUAUGGAAGAGCACGAGAAACAACGUCUGUGCAAGAGCGCCGACUACAUGAACCUGCACUUCAAGGUGAAAUGGCUUUACAACGAAUACUGCAAGGAGCUGCUGUACUUCCAGGACCGUGUGCCGGAGUACCCGGCAUGGUUUGAGCCCUUCGUGAUCCUAUGGCUGGAUGAGAACGAGGAAGUUUCCAGAGAUUUCCUGCACGGCGCUCUGGUCCGGGACGCAAAGGACGGGUUCCAGCCGACGUCGGAGCACGCGCUCUUCUCCUGCUCGGUGGUGGACGUCUUCUCUCAGCUCAACCAGAGCUUCGAGAUCAUCAGGAAGCUGGAGUGUCCGGAUCCUCAGAUCGUGGGGAAUUACAUGAAGAGGUUUGCUAAGACCAUCGGAAAUGUUCUUCUGUCGUAUGCUGACAUCAUCACCAAGGAUUUCCCCACACACUGCAAGAAGGAGAAAGUGCCUUGCAUCAUAAUUAAUAAUAUCCAGCAGCUGCGAGUCCAGUUGGAGAAGAUGUUCGAGGCUAUGGGAGGGAAAGGCUUAAAUGUGGAGGCCAGUGACUUUCUGAAGGAUCUGCAGAUCAAACUGAACAAUGUGAUGGAUGACCUCAGCAGGGUGUUCGCCGUCAGUUUCCAGCCGCACAUCGAGGAGAGUGUGAAGGAGAUGGGGGAUAUCCUGAGUCAGGUGAAAGGAGCGGUUCCCGCUAACGGAAACGGCGGAUUAGCUCAGGACGCCGACAACGUCCUGCAACCCAUCAUGGACUUCCUGGACAGCAAUCUGACUCUGUUCGCUAAGAUCUGUGAGAAGACGGUUCUCAAGCGAGUGUUGAAGGAACUGUGGAAACUGGUGAUGAACACCAUGGAGAAAACCAUCGUCCUGCCGCCACUGACCGACCAAACGGGCACACAGCUCAUCUUUAACGCUGCUAAAGAGUUGGGUCAGCUCUCCAAACUAAAGGAGCACAUGGUGCGAGAGGAGGCCAAGGCGUUGUCCCCUAAACAGUGUGCAAUCAUCGAGCUCGCACUGGACACUAUAAAGCAAUACUUCCACGCGGGUGGUGUGGGUCUGAAGAAGACGUUUCUGGAGAAGAGUCCGGACCUGCAGUCUCUGCGAUAUGCACUGUCUCUCUACACACAGGCCACCGACAAACUCAUCAGGAAGUUUGUCCAGUCUCAACACACUCAGGUUCAUGGCGGUAAAGGCGUGCGAUACACUCACAGUGAAGACGUUUAUCCGGAGAAAGCCUCAGGAGUGGACGAUGCAGUGGGGGAGGUGUCCAUGACGGUGGAGAUCUUCAGUGACCCGAACACGGGAGGACACAAAAUCACAGUCAAAGUGGUCUCAGCCAAUGAUCUUCGCUGGCAGACGCAGGGGAUUUUCCGGCCCUUCGUGGAGGUCUACCUCAUCGGCCCGUAUCUCAGCGACAAGAAAAGGAAGUUCGCCACCAAAUCCAAGAACAACAGCUGGUCCCCGAAGUUCAGCGAAUCCUUCCAGUUUGUGCUGGGCAGCGAGCUGGGCCCCGAGGGCUACGAGCUGCAGGUGUGUGUGAAGGAUUACUGCUUCGCGCGCGAGGACCGGACGGUGGGGCUGAGUGUGCUGCACCUGAAGGAUCUGGCGUCGCGCAGCAGCGCCGCCUGCUGGCUGCCGCUCGGCACACGCGUGCACAUGGACGAGACCGGCCUCACCGUGCUCAGGAUCCUCUCGCAGAGGAACAACGACGAGGUCGCCAAAGAGUUCGUCAAGCUGAAGUCGGACCAGCGCUCGGCCGAGGAGGGCAGAAGCUAAAGCUAACGCUAACGCUACACGCCAGAAACUGUCCUGCAAAACACACGAUCAUGACCGGGGUUUGAAAUUAACACACACUAACCCGCCAAAUGCCACUGUGGCGGGAAACGCCGUCAAAUCACGAGCUAAUGUAGCCGGUUACUUAUUAUUAUUAUGUUUAUUCACUAGUUUGUGUAAAUUUAGCACAAAUACUCGCGAGUCGUCAUGAUAACACUAAAUGUGGCGUAUUGAUUGAUUAAUCAGAUGACACUGAAAACAAAACUUGAAUUGCACUGAAUAAUUACGCUGUUGUUUUCAUAUUUGUUUCAUAAUUAAUUAAUUUAGCAAACACAGUUAGUGCAUUAACUGUCGUUUACUAACAAUUAGCAAUACAUUUAGAAAUAAUGUCACAAUGCAAAAAAAAAAAAAAUUCUUUUUUUUUUUAGAGAAAUGUUGGCUAGAAACUCAAAAGUAAAACAUCUGGACACAUUCGAGUAAUUAAGAUAACAUUUAUGUAUGCAAGCAGAGUUUCAAAUGAGUGUAAAAGAUUCGAUUUAUUAUAUUUACUCGCUUUGCUGGGGAAGUUCAUAUAAGUCAAAUAUGCGCAGAUUUAGCACAAAUACUCCUCAUGAUAUAUUAAAUACAACAUAUUGCAGAAUCUGCUCAUAUCUGGCUUACUUGAACCCACACACACACUUUAGUUUGUAUUAGAAUGUAUGAAAUCAGAAUUUUAUACUGUGCAUAAAUAUAAGCUGUGACGUUUUUAAUCUGGUUCAUUUCUUUCUUUUUUUAUUUUGGGAUAGUAGAAGUUCUGAAUGUUAACAUUUAGAAGCCAAACCGGCCGGUGAGUGAACAAGUUAAUUUCAAACCCUGAUCCACACACACACACACACACAAGGGGGCGUAUCUGCACAGAUCAAAGCAAUCUGAUAAUUAUGAUGUCAACUUGGAACAUGGACCUCAUUAGCAGAUCAUCAUUCGCUCAGUCAUAUUACGACAUCCUCCGCUGAGAAGAUUGGAGAUUUAACUCUACACGCUUUGUUUUGCACUUGAAGGGCCGCGUUUCAGUUUCACGGACGGCCCUGAUGUUCAGCACAAUGGUUUACUGUCUCUGAUUGGUUGUCAACGGAUCCCCUUGACCAAUCAGAGAGCGCCACCUGCGCUCACGUCACACGAGUGUGUGAUGUUCACGGGCCAGAUUGAGGUCUUACAGAUGAAGUUAUGUGUCUUGAAAUGUGUUAGGGCUGCACGAUUAAUCGGAGUAAAACUGUAAAUGUGAUAUGGCGUAGUGUGAGUAUCAAUAUAAGCGAUGUGUGUUUCAGAGUGAAGCGGCGCUGUGUUGAUUUACACACUCAUUUAUUUUACGUGUUUUUGAAAACAUUUUCCCAAACCGGCCGCCGAUACAAAAGACGAGCUUUGAAGCCUCCUGUGCAUCUCCUAAAUCAAAGUUCCAUGGUUUAAUGUUUGAAAAUGAUGAAAUUAUGUCAUAAAUAUUGUUUAUAACAAAUAAAAAAAAUAUUUAUUUUUAAUUA